AAUGGCGAUAGGUUGUUUUGGUUGCGGUUGGAAACGUAUGACGCUACUUUCAGGGAUGAUAACAGCAUGAUAAAAUGACUUCAUUUACCAGCCUGUGGUCCAAACAGUAGAUUUCAACCAUGUCAUUUAUACCCAACUGGUACAGAAUAUUUAUGGCACAGCUGACAUUCAGGAUUAGCGUUGGGCCCUGAAUAUUUUUUUUUUUAAACAGUUGUCUACAUUGCAGUACAGCUAUGUCGCAUGCUGGGUUGAAAAAUGAGCAGGCCAUCUCGGAGGAGAACGCACUGAUAGCUCAGUGCAGUCGGCAGGCCACCAGCUUCUUCGAGAAGUAUGAGCGCUAUGACCUCCAGGAACUGUUGACAUAUUCGUCGACCCACUGGCUGCUGUCGAAUGAGGAUUUCCGCCUUCCUACCGACCCUCCCAGUGGACUGAUCAGCAACAUCAGCUCCAUGAGUACCAAAAAUUGCAUGAUUCUAAUUCCGGAAGAUGAGAAAAUCCAGACAGAGUUCGAUUAUCGGGAACUGCACCAGAUUGUCCGAGAGUUAACCGUGGGGAUAUACGUCCUCCAUCAGACGCCAUUGAUCUCUCUAGAGCAAAACUUUGAGAAGAGUACGACGUGUCAUCUGCCUCCAGCCUACUUGGACACCAGAGUAGGGCAGAUUCUCAUAAACGUGGACUAUAUGAUGAAAGCAUUGUGGCACGGAGCAUACUUCCCAAAGGACAAACGAACCAAGUUUUCGGACAGGUGGAGGUCCAACUUGGAUGUUAAUGCAAAUGGUUAUCAUGAAACAAAGAAACCUUUGUUGACAGAAUUUACAAGUGCAGGAAUGAUGGACAUCACCAAAGAUUCCGACUAUGCCGAUAUCUAUGACGACAUGCCGAUCGAACAACCGGGCGACGCGGAAAUGGCAGAGGAGAGACGUUUCCUGAUGAGCCACAUGGACAACAUCACGAUGAAGAUGACGUUCUUCCAGCAAACCGUGCAGCACCACAAGGAUAUGUACAUGGUUGACGCCGACUGGCUUGUGUCGAGUGUCGUCAUGCUGCUCGAUGACCGCAUCGACCACACAGGCUACGAGCGCAUCAAGACGCGACUCGACCUCCACAAGGACGUCAUCAGGAAGCACCUGACCAACAAGGACGAAAUGCGGCGGCAGAUCGAACUGCUCAAGUUCAUUAGUUACAUGACUACAUUCCUCGUCGGGAUGAAGAAGCAGAUGAAGAUACCCAACAUGAAUAGAUUGCUGGUUCCACUCACAGGUGAUGAAUGUCGAACAGAACGAGAAUUACCCCCAUUGAUUCUUGGUCCAGACUUCAAAUGUAAAAAUUUCAAUUUUGGAGAGCAGUAUUUCCAUUUACAUGGAGGAAUUUUGAUUGAUAUUGAGACGCCAACCCUCGCGGAGGCUCCGAGUGAGUAUGCUGCAGAAUACGAGAAGCUGAAAACGGAGUCAGAGUUUUAUCUCAACAAGAUUCUUGACCCCGACGUCAGUGUGCUCGAACACUACAAGAUUCCAAGUCACGAAAUCAAUGGCAAGAGGUAUUUUGCCAUCAUGAUUGACUUUGAGACAUUCUACGGACAGCAGCCUCACAAACCACAGUGGGUGAAAUCGUACAAUGAAGAAAUCCACCGUCUAAAACCGAAGAAACUCCCCAUCACUGACAUCUACCUUCACGAACAGUUUAAGAAGUACUUUGGUCACAAGAAGGCAAUGACAUACAAGACUCCCGUGAAUGGUUUGAAAGCCGCAGCACAGAGGGGUUUGGUGGCCAUCUUCCAAACCCUGUGUCGUAAAAUGCCGGCAUCGCGGCUCGGCAAGCAGGACAAACAUGGGCUGUCUCUGCUCCACUACGCUGCCAUGAGGAACCGGCCCCAGAUCAUCGCCAUGUUGCUGCUGCAGUCCAUGGACGUGAACGUGAGACGCAACCAUAUCUUGGCAACAGGCCCGACAGCGUUGCACCUAGCCGCAAGGUGUGGUGCUCUCGAUUCUGUGGCCUGUCUCCUCGGCAACUUCGCCAACAUCCUGGCAACAGACCAGGAUGGAUGGGCACCGGUGCAUCACGCGGCUUUCUUCGACCAUCAGGCCAUCCUCAGACUGUUCAUUCUCAGAAAUGAUGGACUCCUGGAACUGACUACAAAGAACGACACACGGUCGAGCUGUCUGUUGUUAGCUGCGAGUGCUGGCGGAUUGUCGGCGGUGAAAUGCCUUAUCUCCCUUGGUGCUGAUAUCACGAAGAUUGAUGGAGACGGCAACAACAUGGUGACGCUGGCGGCACUGCGGUUUCACACCAACAUCCUGGAGUACCUCAUUGAGUGGAAUCACCCGGAUGUCCCAGUGUGGAAGAUGCUCGUCGCGAUGCUGCGAGAUGAAAACCUCAAUAAGAAGGACAGUGCGGUCAAGUGUCUGGAGGCGUUGUCAUCCGCUCAGCCAGAACACUGGAAGUCUAUUCUUGAAGCAGAUGGAGUGUCAGCACUCAUUGAUUUGCUCAAAAUAAACAAUGAAGAAAUCCAGUCUGUGGCAGCGUCUGUUCUCUGCAACAUCUCAGAAAACUAUCAAAUACGCAUUGCGCUCAUGAAGUGUAACGCUGGACCCAUUCUCAUCCAGCUGUUGAGCUCCCCGAUCGACGAUAUUCAGUCGCGUGCGUCCAUCAUCCUGUCAGAUUUCGCCUGCGUCCAGGGCAACCAGGAACUGGUAGCAGAUCACGGUGGGAUCCCGCCCCUGGUGAAUCUGCUCGACUCGGAGCUAGAGGACGUGUUGGUGAAUGCGGUGAACGCAAUCAGAGUCCUGUGUAUCGGAAACACGAAUAACCAGAAUGCUGUAGCACAGUGCGGGGGGAUAGAGCCACUGGUGGAGUUCCUCACAGUUAAUUCAGACAUCUUACAAGCAGCAACAUCAGCUGCAAUAGCCGCCAUAUCAUCGGGAAAUAGGCAGAAUCAGGAUGCCGUUAUCGCAGAACAUGCAUCAAAACCUUUGGUAGAUCUGAUCAAAACCAGUCGAAAUGUGACGGUUCAGGUUAAAGCAGCUAGUGCUCUGGAAUCUUUGGCGGAAGAUAACGCAGAGAGUCAGAAGGUGUUUCUGGACCUAGACGCUAACAAAGCUCUUCUCAGAUUACUCAAGAACAUCAAUGUGGAGGUGAGAGAGCAGGGGGCGUGUUCCUUGUGGGCGCUGGCCGGGCACACCAAAACGCAGCAGAAAUACAUCGCCGAGAGAAUCGGAAUCCAACACAUCAUACAGAUGCUGCUGGAGCCCACAGAGAAAUUGCUUUAUGUUGGGUGUAUGACAGCCAUUGCCCUGGGCCGAGAGAACAUUGAGAACCAGAACAACCUGGCUAAGGCCGACGCCUUCCAGCAGCUUGUACGUCUGCUGCGGUCCAGCAAGACGUCUGAUAAGGUUCUACUCAUGGUCAUCAAGGUGUUGGGAAUACUCUGUGUCGGAGUAGCCAAUGUGAACAACAAACUGACGCAAAAGCGAAUUGCAGAGGAAGGUGCUAUUCCGAUCCUGGUGCAGCUGUUACUCUGUCCGCCGUCCGAGGAGAUCCAGGUGGAGGUUGCCAUGUCACUGGCAUCCGUUGUCCUUAGCAACCCUGAGAACCAGGAGAAACUGCAGGAGGAACAGGGUUUCAACUUCGACAUUCUGUUAGACCUGCUCAACUCCAAGAAUGAAGCGAUACGUAUCAAGGCUGGCAUGGCUCUGACCGAAUUUGGCUUCAACAACACGCCACAGCAGUACGCCAUCCGGGAAGCCGGGGGCAUCAAGUUUUCUGUCUUCGAGCCAUUUCUGAAAAAGGAGGAUGAAUUUUACCAGUGUUCUGCAGCAUUCCAGAUCGUGGUUCUUGCGCGAGUGAUCGUGGACCAGGACCAGGUGAUGCUCACAGCGAAGGGAGUCACUCUGCUCGUCAGUAAACUCCGAUCAUCGAGCGACAACGUGGUCGUGUCUGCCGCCAGCCUCCUGUCGAGUCUCGCCCACACGCGAGCCGGGAUCCCUGAUGCCAUGAUAACGACGGGGGCCAUAGACCUUCUUGUCGAGAAGCUCAACUCGCCCAGUGUCCUUGUGCGCAAUGCUGUGGCCGUGGCUCUCGGCUAUCUGACGUUUAACCAGACUGCCGCACGGAUUCUGUUCUCCGCUUGCAGAAACACUCCCGGUCUUUACAAGCAGCUGAUGGCAAACAUUGGACACAGUCCAAAAAUCAGCCAGGAGUUUGUCGCAAAUUUCCGACGAGCCAAAAUUAUUGGACUGCCUUGUCAGUGUCUGGAAAUAAAUGGAGGUCAUCCAGUGAUGCUUCCAGGUCGUCGGCCCAAUACAUCACAUGACAGUAUCCGUGGAAAUACCCCAUUCCAAAACCGAGCGAAAUCGGCCCCCGGUUAUGGUCGUAAGUUGAAGCCUGAGAUUCCCGACAUCGUGGUGAAGGAGGCCGAUGGGUUGAGAGGCGGGUACACCAGCGCCGCAUCGACGUACCGAGCCAGCUCGAGCUCCAGCAAGCCCACGAGCGACGCAAGCUUCAAAACGCGGAUCAGCAACUGGAAAAAUACUAAAGACUAAAACAGUGGGAACUCCAGUCAAAGUCAACUAAACCUACAAGUGACAGAGUAACCCAGGUGUUUAAAAUGUAGCUGAGUGCAUGGAAAAUGAUAAAAUAUGACUUUUUACAAACUACGGUUAGCUUUAAAAGACAUCUCGUGGAGGGGUUUGAAUCAGUGGCAUGUUCAGAAGGGUGUGCGAUCACAAAUACUUAGACUGGUUUCCUUCAUAUCCUGUUCAAUCUGUUACAGUUAAAAUUAGGUGUAAAAAGACGUGGUCUUGCAAGAGAUUAUGAAAGGCUCGGCCUUCUGAAUAUGUCACAGAUCGUAAGCAGAAUACCAUACCACUACAUGCAUUGCUGUUAACACCAAUAAUAUUAUUUGCUGUUGAAUUGUCUUGUGAAAUAUCUAUGGAAUGUGACCAGUUGUUAAUAAUGCAGUGGGAUUUUCCUUUAAAACCUUUAUAUCAGUUUACGUGGCCCUAACCAUUCUCUUUGUUUAACUAACCAUCCUCCACUGAAAAUGUGUACAAUUAUUGAAAAAUAUCUAUUUUUGUGUUUUUGCCAAUUUGAAUUUUUACAUAACCUUGACCUUAGAUCGAAUGUCCUUGACCCAUUAACACUAUUUGCUCAAUCUCAAGCUCUUCCAGAAAGAAAAUCCUUUUUCAAAUCAUAACUACGAGUCAUAAUUACCAAAUGUUUGACAUUCAAUAGCCGAUGAUUAAUUAAUAAAUAUGCUCUAGUGAUGUCGUUAAACAAAACAAACUUUAACUUUUCAAGUCAUAAAGCCCGAUUUAGCUACAGUGUAAUAAAUAGAGGAUAGUUCAUGUCUUUUGUCAGAUAUGAUUUAUAUCUCAUCAAGUGAAAUUUGCAGUCAUUGCAAACUUCACGAGGUGAGAUAUAAAUCAUAUU